AUGGAGCCACCUGGGGAGGAGUGCGACUGGAGCUGCUCUGCCACGCGAGCCUGCCUGGAGGAGGCCCAUUUCCCGGCGAGCGUGGGAGCUGAAGAGAGGAGCGAGUUCUGGGCCUUCUGGGAGAGGCUGCAGCGUUUCCGUGGCCCAAAGGCAGAGAAGGGUCUUGCAGGCUCUUGCCGCCCCCCUUCGCAGUCUGGCGUGGCAAAAUUGCCGCAGGAGUACGACUCCCGCUUGCGCAUCAACCUGCAGCUUCCAAGGCGGGAAGCGGCAAGAGUGCCGGGCGGCCAGCUGCGAGAUUUCCGUCGGGCCCUGCUCCACUUCUUGGACUUUCAACAGAAGCGCAGUUUCUCGCGCCUGGCGCAGCUGCAGAGAGAACGGGCCGCCUUGCCCAUAGCACGCUUCCGGGAGCCGCUGCUGGCUGCUGUGGCAAGGAGCCAGGUGGUGGUGGUGGCUGGAGACACGGGCUGCGGCAAGUCCACGCAGGUGCCGCAGUUCCUCCUGGAUGCCGGAUACACCCAUGUGGCCUGCACCCAGCCCCGGCGCAUCGCCUGCAUCGCCUUGGCCAAGCGGGUGGCCUACGAAAGCCUGCAGCAGUACGGGAACCAGGUCGGCUACCAAAUCCGCUUCGAGAGCACCCGCUCCUCGGCCACGCGGAUCGUCUUCCUGACCGAAGGGCUGCUCCUGCGCCAGGCCCAGCGGGACCCCACGCUGCCUGGCUACCAUGUGCUGCUGGCGGACGAGGUCCAUGAAAGGCGCUUGCACGGGGACUUCCUCCUGGGGCUGCUGCGGAGGCUCCUGCUGGCCCGGCCCGACCUGAAGCUGGUGCUCAUGUCUGCCACCAUCAACAUCCAGCUCUUCGCUGACUACUUUGGGGGGGCCCCCGUGAUCCAAGUCCCCGGCCGGCUCUUCCCCAUCAUGGUCCUGUAUGAACCCAUCCCCCCCGAGGAGGGGGCCAGUGGGCGUAAGGAACGGCUGGAUCCCCGGCCCUACCUGCGUGUCCUCCAGUCCAUCGACCACAAGUACCCUCUGGAGGAGAGGGGCGACCUGCUCAUCUUCCUCAGCGGCGUAGCCGAGAUCGGGGCUGUGGUGGAGGCUGCCCAGACCUAUGCCGCUCACACCCAGCGCUGGGUGGUUCUUCCUCUGCACAGCACCCUCUCUGUGGCUGAGCAGGACAAGGUAUUUGAUGUGGCGCCCCCCGGAGUCCGGAAGUGCAUCGUCUCCACCAACAUCGCUGAGACGUCGGUUACCAUUGACGGUGUGCGCUUUGUGGUCGAUUCAGGAAAGGUGAAGGAGCUCAGCUACGACCCCAAGGCCAAGCUGCAGCGGCUGCAGGAGUUCUGGAUCAGUCGAGCCAGUGCCGAGCAGCGCAAGGGGCGUGCCGGUCGGACGGGGCCCGGAGUCUGCUACCGGCUCUAUGCUGAGUCGGACUAUGACGCCUUUCCGGCCUACUCAGUGCCAGAGAUCCAGCGCGUGGCUCUUGAUGCCCUGGUGCUUCAGAUGAAGAGCAUGGGUUUGGGGGACCCGCGAGACUUCCCUUUCCUGGAGCCUCCCCCUGUGGCCAGCCUGGAGACAGCUGUGGGAUACCUGAAGCACCAGGGAGCGCUGGACACAGAGGAGAAUCUCACGCCCAUCGGGAGCCUGCUGGCCGAGCUGCCGGUGGAGGUGGUGGUUGGGAAGAUGCUCGUGCUGGGCACUCUCUUUGGCCUGGCUGCCCCCACCCUGACCACGGCGGCCAUCUUGAGCAUACCCUCCCUGUUCAUGCGCAGUGGCAGCGGGCGUUCUGACCCGGACUGCGCUACUGCCCGGCGGCCUCUGGAGAGCCCCGUGGGGGACCCCCUGACUUUGCUGAACGUCUUCGACGCCUGGGUGCAGGUGAAGUCUGAGAAGCGUGGUGGGUCCCGGCGUUGGUGCCGCCGUCGAGGCCUGGAGGAGCACCGGCUCUACGAGGCAGCCAACCUGCGACGCCAAUUCCAGGAACUGCUCCGGGACCACCAGCUGCUGGAACCUGCCGCUCGGCCCAGCGACGCCUAUACCCGGCAGAGCCGGCUCCGGGAGCGCCGGGAGCUGCACAGACUCAAGCGGGAACACGAGCAAGGGGCGGGCCGGCGGCGCAAGGUGCUUCGCCUGUGGGAUGAGCAGGCUGGUUCUUCCUCGGGAGACGAAGGGGAGGCGGAGCGUGGCCUUGACAUCCAGGACGUGAAGUUCCAGCUGCGCCACAACGUGUCAGAGCUGCAGGCGGCAGCCUCGGUGGGGCAGGGCCUGUCGCGGCCCCAGCUGGCCCUCCUGCAGCUGGUGCUGGGCCGGGGCCUGUAUCCCCAGUUGGCGGUCCCGGACCCCUUCAACAGCACCCGCAAGGACUCGGACCAGAUCUUCCACACCAAGGAGAAGGCUGGCAUCCUCCUGCAUCCCACCAGCAUCUUUGCCAACUCACCGGAGCUGCUGGCACAAGACCGGGGGGCUGAGCGCCACAGAGGCGCAAAGGACGACCUGAGCAGCCACCACCAGAUCCUGGCCUUUGUCUCGCUGCUGGAGACCAACAAGCCCUACCUGGUGAACUGCCUGCGCCUGCCCGCCUUGCAGGCCCUCCUGCUCUUGGCCCGUUCCCUGGACACCAACGCAGACUGCACGCGCGUCGUGGCCGACUCAUGGCUGGAGCUGCAGGUCCCUGUGGCCGAGGCCGCCCUGCAGUUGCUCUCCGCCGCCCUACGGCUCCGUGCCUCCUGGGAGAAGGUGCUGGAGCAGCAGCUGGCCUGCCGGAGAACCCCCAGGGGCCAGGAGGAGGGAGCCGAGGAAAGCCGGCCCAGCUCCCGCCAAGUGGGCCUGCUCACCCGGGAGCUUCUGGCCUUCCUGCAGACGGAGGUGCAGUACAGCCUGCGGCGGCUGACACCCCUGGAGCAGCAGCAUCUGUAUGUGGGGCCCCAGGGGGUGGCUGCAGGGCCCCCCAGCCUGUUCCAGGGAAUGGAGAUGGUGCCCGACGAGGUGAAGGGGGGCUACAAGGUUGGCGGCUUCUUGACCUUCCAUUGCCUGGUGGGCGAGGGGGACCUCUACGGCGAGUGUCUGCGCAGCUUCUGGACAUGCCCGCGGUGCAGCCUCUACAUGCCCUUCACCCCACUGGAGCGGGUGGCCCAUGAGGACGCCUGCCGGUCCCCAGGCCCAGAGGGGGAACCUGGCCUGGCUGGUCCUUCUGAAGACGCUGCCCAGAGCUCUUCCGGAGCCUCUGCCCUGCAGCAGCCGUACCACUGCCCCUCCUGCCAGCAGAAGCUCCUCCUGACUCCCACGGAAAUCUUGCGCCACCGGAAGCAGCAUCAGGUGCCCUCGGACGGGUGA